AUGGGCGAAACAAUGGAAGAUGGGAAGCACAUACCGACGGUCGAGGUGCCGCCACGUGGCUCCAUGGAGUUCCUGACGGCGGGGUCGGUUUUAGGGUUCAGCCCAGGUCCGAUGACGGUGGCGUCGAGGUUAUUUCCAGAGCAGGGGCAGUUAUCCUUCACUCAGCUCUUAGCUGGGGCUAAUGGAGGUUUCUUGUUGAGUAAUGAUUUUGUGGGAGAAGAGGGGAGAACAGAGAGGUCGUUUGGCGUGGGGCAGAAGUUGAACAGAGAGCUGAGUUCCUCUCAUGGAUUGCUUAAUUCCCCUGAUCAGCUUUUGUCUCCAAAUCAGAGCGCUUUCGGGAUGUCCCACCAGCAGGCCCUCGCACACGUUACAGCACAGGCGGCAUUGUCUCAAUCCUCCACUUGGAACCAGGCAGAAUUUCAGCGCACAUCUCUUACAAAUGCUGUGGAAACAUCGACAAACCUCUUGUCCUCUUUGCCGGAAGCAAGUGAUAGACAAAUGUUGUCUAGUGUUUCGGGUGAUUUACCAGCUAGUGAUGGCUACAAGUGGAGAAAAUAUGGGCAGAAGCAAGUGAAGGAAUGUCCUCGAAGCUACUAUAAAUGCAGUCAUCUCAACUGUUCUGUUAAGAAGAAAGUCGAGCAAUCUUUGGAUGGUCGUAUAUUUGAGAUCGCGUAUAAUGGACAGCACAACCACGACCCUCCUCAGCCUAAUAAAAGAGUAAAAGAUGAUCAUGCGCUGAAUCCCAACAUGAAGUCUGUUAUUACCAAUCAAGAUUCUGUACCCGAGAAUGAUAUUGUCGAAGAUAUUCUAACUACAGUGGAUGAAGAAGAUGCUGAUGAACCAUCCGCGAAGAGAAGGAAUGUUCGGGCAUCCGCUCAACCGGCUUCCGUUAAAACUGUUGCGGAUUCGAAGAUUGUGUUGCAGACUAGGAGCGAAGUGGAUCUUCUUGAUGACGGAUACAGAUGGAGGAAAUACGGGCAGAAAGUAGUCAAGGGAAAUCCCCAUCCAAGGAGUUACUACAAGUGUACAACAACGGGCUGUAAAGUUCGAAAGCACGUCGAGAGGGCAUCAUCAGAUCCGAAAGCCGUCAUUACCACGUACGAAGGCAAGCAUAACCAUGAACUCCCGCCAGGAAGAUUUGUCGGCGCUUCGCAGCAAAAGAGGAAGAGUUGUUCAGGAAAUAGAGAUCGAGACUGUGAAAACAAAGAACAAACGAUGAUGAAUCUACAGCUUAAAGAACAGAUUUUAGCAUGAUGCAAUAUAUAUAUAUAUAUAGAGAGAGAGAGAGAGAGAGAGAGUGAUACGUAGUCUCAUGGUUUAUCACGUGCUUAAGUUGGAUUAUAAGAAUGUUGUUUUGUGUUGUGCAUGCUCUGAACAACACAUCACCGUGCGAACAUUACAUGAUGUCAUUUGACAGGAGAUAGGAUUACUACAUGCUUAUACACAGUGCAUGUUGAUAUAAUAUAAAUAUAUCAUAUGAAUAAAAAUUAUAUGUUAUAGUCUCAACAA